GGAGCGGGUACCAGGCAGCGGCUUUUGCGCUGGACUCCCCAGAAGUUCCGGAUUGGUUGAAGUACGGGCUCCAUAAUAAGGACUCUGAACUUGGGACGGUUUAUACCUUUAAAGAACACGAGUUUCUCUGUAACGACUCCGGAUUAGAAAGACACUUAGGAUACCGGGUUUGGGGAACAACGUUUCACUUCGGAGGGGAGGGCGUGUAGAAACGCCCUCUGAAGGCUUCCCUUCGGCCCCCCCCAUGGCGGUACCGGGCUCCUCACACGACCAGGCCUGGAACCUGGACUCUCCCACUCCCACGGCCCCUACCUCCUCGUCCUCGGGCCCCCAGGAGCGGGAGGGCGCCGGGAGCCCAGUUGUCUCCAGGGGGCUUCCCUUGGAGAAGGUCAAACGGCCCAUGAACGCGUUCAUGGUGUGGAGCUCCGCCCAGCGCCGCCAGAUGGCGCAGCAGAACCCGAAGAUGCACAACUCGGAGAUCUCCAAGCGCCUGGGCGCGCAGUGGAAGCUGCUGGGCGAGGAUGAGAAGCGGCCCUUCGUGGAGGAGGCUAAGCGGCUCCGAGCCCGGCACCUGCGCGACUACCCUGACUACAAGUACAGGCCCCGGCGCAAGACCAAGAGCUCGGGGGCCGGGUCGCCCCACUUCAGCCAGGGAAGCGGCGGCGUGGCUGGCAGCGGGCCAGUCUGGGGGCCUGGAUAUGCAGCCAACCAGGGGAGCAGAGGCUUUGGGUACCAGCCCCCCAACUACUCGACAGCCUACCUUCCUGGCAGUUAUGGCUCUUCCCACUGUAAACCGGAGGGCCCCUCGCCGUGCUCUCUCCCCCAGAGUAACCCAAGGCUCCAGGGGGAGCUACUCCCUGCUUACAGCCCCUACCCACCCGCAGGUUCUCCCCCUCUGUACAACCCAGCCCUCUCAGGGACCCCCUUGCCCCUAACCCACCUCUAACCCUCACAGGCAGGGACCGCCCAGAAAGGUUUCUAGUCUCCUUUUCUGUUUCUACCCAGAACACCCCACCCCCCACCUCCCAGGCUGCAAAUCCUUUAGAACUGUGUUGGACCACAGUUCAGAGACGAGCAGUACUCCUCAAACCCCAUAAAGCUAGGGGGAACAAAACCCACAGAUUUUUUUUUUUUGUAGGCAGAAUACAGUUUUGUACAAUUAAACCAUGUCUCUGAGUCUUUAUUGUUCCAUCUCUGUUCCCCUUUACUGCAGCAGGAACCAGCAGUCUCCACUCCCUUCCGCCUGGACCUGCCAGAGCAGGAACCUCCUCACCCCACCCUGGGGCCCUGCCUGAGUCAUUCUUCUGUCCCCCUCCCCCUACCCCCCCACCAAGCACUGGGGUCCAGGAGACAGUCUGAGCCAGGCUGGGGGAGAAAGGAAA